AAAUUCAUUUAAUUGGCGGCACACAUUUAAUUGGGUAACCGAAUAACCGAAACCAACGAGUCGAUUUAAAGUCCACGCAAGUAUUUAAAAUAACGGCAGCUCAUCACGAUUGAGCUUUAAUUCCACGUGACCCGCUGCCCGCUGCUGGAACUGCGAUUCGGUUCACUUGGGCUCUACUGUGUUAUUUGGAUAUUUUUGAUAUUUGUCACAGUUCGAUGCACAGAUAAGACCCCAAGGCGUUCCAUGUGCUGCCCAAAACCGAUGCCGCACUCUGACCAGGUUAGUCGAAAGCCCGCGCCGCAUCGGUUUAUUUGUUGCGAAGAGCCCAAAAAUGAGUAGUACCUGUCGCGUAAUACGCUCCUCGAAUUUUCUGCUGCUGCUCACGGGCUACCAGAUGCACUGGUUCGACGCCAAGCAGCAGCGCUAUAGGAUCUCUCUGCCCGGCGUAGUCAAUGUCUUUGUGCUGGCCUGCGUCUAUGCCGGCUGCUUUGCCCAGCACUUUCAGCCUUCGGCGUUGCUGAAGACGCUGCAGGAUGUGUCGCCUUUUCUGUACGACCUAACCCGGCUACAACUCGUUCUGAGCAUCAAGGUGUUUAGCUACGCCAUUUACGCAUCUGUGCGUGCUGUGGGCGUGGCAAGUGCACUGACGGCCUCGUUGCCAAUGAAGAGCUCGCCGGGACGUCGCCGCGUCAAGAAGGAGCUCCUCGCCUAUGGUCUGCUAUGCUCCACGUUCGUGGUGCUGCUCUGCUUUGGCCUGUACAUCGGCUAUGAGCUGGAGUUUAAGCUGCCGCCGCUAAAGGAUAUCAUGAUUGGCUCAGCUCUGUUCCUGCCUCAUCUUGUGCUCGCCGGCGCCUUGCGAUUCUACAGCAUAUUUGCCUGGCUAGCGCGUGAGCGGCUGCAGCAGCUGCAGGCGGAAGUAGACGAGCUGCUGACCAUUGGCCAAAUGAGAACUGAAAUGCAGCUGGUGUCAGGCACUAGUUCCGUGGCAGUAGCUGCAACGCCCUCCAGCAUGGACAGCCUGCUCAGCCAGUGCGAGCAGCUGCAGCAGCUGGCAACGAACUUUGGCAACUUGUUCGAGUCCCUGGAGCACUCCCUGCUGCUGCUGCUGGGCAUCAAUGCCAACUGUUUGCUCUUUGGCGCUUACGCCUUUGUCUACUACAGCAGCACGUGGUACGUGCUCUUCGAUGAUCGCAGGCAACGCAUCUUCUAUGCCGGAAACGCAUCCAUCUACGCCUGCAUUGGCUGUGACUACGCGUGUUUGCUGCUGGCGCAGACCCUGCUGGAGCAACAGGUGGGUAUUGCCUCAUCUGAUCUCAGGGGUGGAAAAAAAAAACUACUUCAGAGCCGAACUCUUUUUAAAGAAAUAUACUUCGGUUUAGGCCUAGGUUCGCCUGUUAAAAACAACAAUUGGAAAUCCGGGUUCAAGCUGGUUUGGUUUUUCUUCUUGCAGAGCAUUCAGUUCUCGGAGAGACUGAGCACAGCUCUUGGCCAAAGAAAUGUCCUGCCCAAGCGAAUGCGUCGCAUUGCCAAGGAUAUGCGCACCAUUUUAUCGAACUGCUUUCGGCUUAAGUUCCUCUCGAUCUGGCGCUUUGAUGUGGCCAACUUUACGCUGCUGCAAUUGCUUCAGCUGCUAAUUAUAGCGCUGAUUGUCAUAUAUCAUUAUCUAAACGAUGCUAUUCAGUUGGCAAACGAACGUUUCGAUAGCAACAACGAUGAAUAAUACAGAUGUGGACAUAAAACAUUAGCUAACUACCUGAAUGUCGUGUGCUUUAACUAUUAUAUUUUCGGUUAGUUUCCAGUUCGAGUUUCCACUCUGCCCAUGUGAACUCAUUUAAAUUAUCUGUAUAUGAAAACUUAAUCUAUAAAUUUAUUCGUUGCCCG